UGACCUGAUCUGAUAUCGUGUGCUGUAACAAAAACAAUUGCAGCGUGGAAGGUGUUUAUAAGCCAUUUAAAAACACAAAAACCGUUAGAUUCACUUCAACAUUUAAAUUUAGUUUCCCAAAAUAUUUUCGUUGCUUAGAGUCCGCGACAUGUUCAUUGACAAAAUUCCGAUAUAUAUGUGUGUGUGUGUAUCCAUGUCCAGAAUUCCCUUAAUAUAUUCUGUAAACAUCCGGUUCCGGUAACCAAAGCUCGAUUCCUGUUUCUGUCUGUUGAAUUGUCUAUUCUUCUCAUUUGUUCAAUUCUAAUAAGAUUAGCCCCUCGACACCGGGAUACCCCUCUUAAGAAAGGGUAUCUGAUGACAUUGAAGACUAAAUAAUGAUAUUACCAAGGAUAUAGGAAAUAUUAUUUGACAAAGGUCACUUUUGAAGAACCUAUAUUUUGAAAGAAAAGAUAUUUGGGGAAAUAUUUAUCUGUCGAAAAUUCCAGAAGUAAAGUAUUUUUCUAUUUUGUGAAGUAAAUCCAAAGAUUAUGGAAAAUGAACUGAAUGAGGGUCAGGUCUGUAAUGAAAGGCAUCCUGAUAACAAUGGUGUUUCUCAUCAAACAGAAAAGACACCAUUCAUGUAUGACACAUGUGGUGAGUCUUUUAAAAUGCAAAAAUGUUUAAGUCAACAUCAGUCUAUUCAUACAGAUUCCAAAUUCUAUGAUUGUGAUAUUUGUGAUGAAAAGUUCUCUACAAAUGAAAAUUUAAUUAACCAUAAAUGUAUUCAUACAAGAGAAAAACCAUACCAUUGUGAUAUUUGUGGUAAAACAUUCAUUCUAAAGAAGAGUUUAUUGAGCCACAAACGUAGUCACACAGGAGAGAAGCCAUACAGUUGUGAUAUAUGUGGUCGGAAGUACAGUGUUAAAUUUUCUUUGACUGUACACAAACGUAUUCAUACAGGCGAAAAACCAUAUAAGUGUGAUAUUUGUGGUAAAGCAUUCUCUGCCAGUAGUUCACUUAUAACACAUAAACUUAUACACACUGGCCAAAAACCAUACCACUGUGAUAUUUGUGGUAAAGCAUUCUCUAAAGAUAACUAUUUAUUGAUACAUAAACGUGUUCACACAGGAGAAAAACCAUAUCAUUGUGAUAUUUGUGGUAAAACUUUCUCUGUUAAAAGUUCCUUAACUGUACAUAGACGCAUUCAUACAGGAGAAAAACCAUACCGGUGUGAUGCCUGUGAUAAAACUUUCACUUGUCGUAGUCUGUUAUCAGUACAUAAAGUUACUCAUACAGAUAAGAAACCAUACAAGUGUGAUGUUUGUGAUAAAACAUUCAGUAUGAAUUGUCAUUUAUCUAAACACAAGUGUAUUCACACAGGCGAGAAACCAUGCCAGUGUGAUAUUUGUGGUAAGACGUUUUCACAGAAUUCUAAUUUAAUGGCUCACAAGCGUAUUCAUACAGGAGAAAAACCAUAUCACUGUGAUAUUUGUGGUAAAAAGUUCUUUACAAAUGAAAAUUUAUCUAACCACAAAUAUAUACACACAGGGGAAAAACAAUAUCACUGUGAUAUUUGUGGUAAAGCAUUCUCCCAAAGAGGUAAUUUAAAGACCCAUAAACUUCUUCAUUCAGGAGAAAAACCUUAUCACUGUCAUACAUGUGGUAAAUAUUUCUCUACCAAAGAUUAUUUAUCUAAUCACAAACGGACUCACACAGGUGUAAAAACCUGUCAUUGCAAUAUUUGUGGUAAAGCAUUCUCUCACAGCAGUUAUUUAUCGAUCCAUAGUCGUAUUCACACAGGUGAGAAACCAUACCACUGUGACAUUUGUGGUAAAUCAUUCACUGUAAGUGGUUAUUUAACUAAACACAAACGUGUUCAUACAGGAGAGAAACCUUAUCAUUGCGAUACCUGUGGUGGGACAUACUCUAAUACUUCAACUUUAUUGGCCCAUAAACGCAUUCACACAGGUGAAAAACCAUACUGCUGUGAUAUCUGUGGUAAAAGUUUCACUGUGAGUGGAUCUUUAUCGAAACAUAAACGUAUUCAUACAGGAGAAAAACCAUAUCAUUGUGAUAUUUGUGGUAAAGCCUUCACUAAUAAUAGUUCUGUACAUUCUCAUAAACGUAUUCACACUGGAGAGAAGCCAUAUCAUUGUGAUAUUUGUGGUAAAUCAUUCGGUGCUAGCAUUACAUUAACUAUGCAUCAAACAAUUCAUACAGGAGAGAAACCAUAUAACUGUGAUCUAUGUGGUAAAGCAUUCUCACGCUCUUGUAAUUUAUCGAGACAUAAACGUCUUCACACAGGAGAUAAACUGUAUCAUUGUGAUUCAUGUGAAAAAACAUUCAUUUCUAAUUCUGAUUUAAACAUACAUAAACGUGUUCAUAGAGGAGGGAAACCAUAUCACUGUGACAUCUGCAGUAAAUCAUUCUCUCAAAAUAAUCAUUUAUUGAAUCAUAGACAUAUUCACACAGGUGACAAACCUUAUCACUGUGAUGUCUGUGGUAAAGCAUUCUCUCAACAAAGUACUUUAUCUGUCCACAAACGUUUACACUAGUGAGAAACGCAUACACAGGUGAGAAAAUAUACGUUUGUAAUAUUUGUGUUAGAACAUUGUCAUACUAAUAAGUUAUCUAGGUACGAACAAAUAAACAUCCGAUGUAAAUUGUAGCUCGGUUAUAAUUUUUUUUAAAGCUGCUGUUAGAUAGGUCAGAAUUGGAUUUCAAACCUAGAAUUUCUCCGAUAGAAGGGAGAUAACUUCGCAACUGUAUUCACUAAUUUAUAUUAAAAUUUCUUCCGACACCAA